ACAGUCUAUUUACUUAACAGGUCAUUUCACGAAAAGUAGAUAGUGUACUGACAUAUGUAUGCAGAUGCAAGUAUUAGCAGUCAAGUAUGCGGCAUAGGUUCAAGUUACGACGUUGAUGCUAAUGCCCAUUGACGAUCGGAUGUUUUGAAGUGGCACGCGAGGUGAGGCCUUCGUUGAAUGCAGUGUGCGGAUCUAAAAGCAGGCGACGAUCAACCAUCGCUGCGGAGCAAGGCAGUCGCAGGAAGACAAGCGUGCGCGCAGCUCGCUAGUAUUCGCAACCUCCGUCGCGCGUGCGUGCUUACCUCAGUGCGGCUGUUUGUGUUCUCCAUGUUACGUGCAUAAUACAACAAAAUGAAGUUUCAUAUUAAAUUUUUCGACUUCAUACCGGCGCGGUUCAACGUGGCCAUCAUGAUGUUCUUCGCGUGUUGGGUCAACUACAUGAUGCGAGUCAACAUGAGCGUCAACAUCAUUGCUAUGGUGCCCGAUGACAGUACUACUACAUCGGUGAAAAGCGAGUGCGAGGCCAUUGUGGCAAACGAUACUUCGUUGUAUAACAGUACUGUGGUCACCAAGCGAGAACUAAGACAGCCAGAUGGGGUGGUUACCUUCGAUUGGACAGCUCAGCAGCAAGCAUACGUGCUGUCAGGAUACUUCUGGGGAUACUCCAUCUCCUGUCUGGUGGGAGGAACAGCGGCCGAAUUCUGGGGACCAAGGAAGCUGGUAUUCGUCACCAUGCUGUUGAUCGCCAUCCUGACCAUCUUGAGUCCCCAGGCAGCAAGAAUACAUUAUAUGGCACUCGUGGCUGUCAGAUUCGUCAGCGGGUUGGCAGCGGGAUUCCUGUUUCCUUCACUUCACGCAUUAGUGGCUCACUGGGCGCCUCCCCAGGAAAAGGGCAAGUUCGUGAGCGCUCUGCUAGGUGGCGCUAUCGGUACUGUAGUCACCUGGUCGCUUACAGGACCUCUUAUUGAAAACUUCGGAUGGGAUUACGCGUUUUAUGUUCCCGGAGUAAUCGCGUUAGUAUGGUGUAUUCUAUGGUGGUUUUUGGUUUACGACUCUCCAGUCCAACAUCCACGGAUAUCUGACACUGAGAAGAAAUACAUCCUUGAAGCUAUAGGCGACAAAGUCAACCAGAGUUCAACGGAAGCUAAGGUCGUUCCGCCCUUCAGAAAAAUUUUGACAUCGUUCCCAUUCCUCGCGAUGGUGAUCUUGCACUAUGGUAGCAACUGGGGUCUAUACUUCGUGAUGACAGCGGCUCCUAAGUUCGUGUCCAGUGCCCUCGGCUUUAACCUGACUUCCACAGGCACUCUCUCCUCACUACCAUACCUCGCCAGAAUGAUAUUCUCACUCAUAUUUGGAGCCAUCGGUGACAGAAUCGUAAAACAAAAUAUAGUAUCAACAACGUUUAUGAGGAAAUUCUUCUGUUUAUUCUCCCACGUGGUGCCUGGUCUGCUCCUCAUCGGGUUAGGGUACACGGGCUGCGCGCCCAUCCUAUCUGUAGCUCUAAUCACAUUCUCCAUGGGGUCUAACGGGGCGGCCACCCUGACCAACUUGGUGAACCAUCAGGACCUGGCACCUAACUUCGCUGGCACACUGUACGGCAUUGCCAAUGGAAUAGGCAACACUGCUGGCUUUGUUACGCCGCUGGUCACUGCUCACUUCACCAAGAACGGAAAUGGAUUCGCAGAAUGGCGGCCAGUGUUCAUUACGGGUGCGUCGCUGUACAUUGCGUCUGCCGGGUACUUCAUUCUGUUUGGCACAGCCGAGACUCAAUCCUGGAACUACAUCGCUCCCGUUGAAGAAGAAGAAGACAAGAGACAGACGAAUUCUAGUUCCACAGAUACAACUGUGACGAUCUCACCUAAGACAUAGGCCGACAUUUAAGUAGUGCACACAAAUGCAAGAAGUAACGCGUACAUAAGUCUGCAGAAUAGGUAUUUGUAUCCGUAAGUAGUAUUUAAGUUUGUAUUAUUAAAUCGCCAUAAUUAUUUAAUUACUUGGUCCACAAUUUGUCAAUACAAGUACAUAGAUUUUUGAUACUUUUGAUAGAGCUGGUAUCCUAUUUCAAUAGUAACAUUACUAAGGUGUAAUUUGUGUAUUGAGUUGUUGAAUUUGUACGUUUAACAUUUGCCACAAUAUAAUGAAUUAUUGUUGUUAUUCCACUUUGUACAUCUCCAAUAUAUAAUAAGUAAAUGAAUAAAUUAAGUAUCAACUUGCGAGUUAAUAAAAUAGUCGGUACCUAGUUAUAUUGGAAUCAGAUUAUACACACCAGACUUUUAGUGUGCUUGGUGAUUUGUAUUAUUUUACCGAUCAAUUGUAACUUGUAGAUUGUGUACUUUAGCUAUAUUAGCUUUAGAUUUGUUUCUUGACCAUUAAUGUAAGUUCCAACACGAUGUUGACGACGGUGUUAGUAAAGACAAUAUUAUUAACAUAAACUUGGAAUACGGAUGGAUCAAUAGAUAAAUAGAAAUAGAUUAAUGUUCUAUGAAAACAAAAGUCUUGAUAAGAUAAUUUAUACUGCAAUGGAGAUUCGAAAGCCAAUGCUCAUACUUAACAUUUUCAUUCUCAUUAUUGAAUUCCUUGUUUCGAUAGGGGCUUAUAAUAAUUUAUUAAUCGACCUGGUAACAGAAUGUGGGAGAAUUACAAGAUGCUCUCUUUUAGUUGACUCAUUAAAUUAUCAUAAUUAUUCCUUGCGUUACUAUCUCGUCUAUAAAAGUCUGUUAAAGCGAUGACCUACCUACUCAUGCUCGUCUAUUCGAAUAGAAUUUAGGCUUCGGUGACACUAGGGCGAGCCGCGACAGCUUUUAACCUCGUAACAUUUUAUUUUAUGAAGAUUAAGAUGCGGGAUAAAACCGCUUGAGCGGCAGCUUAUAUUCGGUUUCUUGUUACACGAAAUGACAAAGUUAAAACCACCACAGUCCCGCCCUAGUGUGCCGGCCCUAUGAGGUUGACUAAUGAUUUGCCGUAUGUCAAUGACACUUCCAUACAUUGAUAUUUGCAUACUUUCGAAUUAAGUAAUGAUUAUUUGUAAAUAGCCGAAUUAUUAAUAAAUACUUUAAUUUAAUGAAUGUACACAAGUUUUAUAAGUUUACUUGAACUAUUAAGGUUUUGUUUUAUUUGUGACUGUGAUGAUGAUAUAAGAGUGAAUUAUGUGAAUUUUAUAAAAUUAAUUAAAUUAUUGUAUAUGA